ACUUUUUAAUUUACAAUUUUGUAGUAAUUGAUUUUUAUCUUUCCCACUUCUCUUUUAUUCUUUCUAACGUCAAAUACAGAUUUGCGGCAGCAACCGAGGAAUAUUGCAGGAUGAGCAGCGGCAGGGAAGGUCGACGACGUCGCAUAGUCGACAGAGGAACCGAUCGUUUAGCCCUAAUCACCGGCCAAAUCCGAACCCUCCCAUCCGAUUCCGAAUCCGAUCAUUCGCACGGUUCCCACUCCCACACCGCCUCAUGUCCGCCGUCGAUUUCUCAGUCCCACGAUGCUGUAGCUUCCCCCCAGACCCAGGAUAAAUCCUCGGGGUCACUGCCACCAAGUCUUGACUCUGUCAGUGAAAUUAGCGAGCAUUUUAUGACUGGGGACAGAGGUGGACCAAUUAUGCGCGAAUGUGAGAGUAGCAUGGAAUCCUCUAAAGUAUCUUCCUUUGAUCUUGAUGGCAAAGGAUCACCAGCUCAGGAUCCUCAGCUUUUUGUCUCCCAGAAAGACCACUAUUUUGAGGCAAUAUCUCAUUUUCACAAAAUUGUUUCACCUAAGGCAGUGAAAUUGGAAAUUGUAGCGACAGAGAGCACUCGCACUUUGUGUGCCCUAGUGGUGGCCAUACUAGUAGUUUUGGCUUCUGUGGGGUUUCCAAUAUUAGGUAGCAGCUUUUUUAAGAGCGUUGUAUUUUUCAGACCACUUUAUCUACUUCUCCUGACCAAUGUAACAAUUGUAGUAGCACGGCUUCUAGAAAGGCAAAGAGGUUUAGGGAGGCCUGAACAGCAACCAACCAGCAGUCCUUCGGUUGGUGAGACUGGCUUUGCUGAUCAACUUGGGAGUGCUCUGGAAUUGGCAUUCCUUUUGCAGGAUGUCACAGGUGCGAUGUUCAUGGACUGUAGCAUUUAUGCAGUAACGGUUAUUUGUGGCCUUUCAUUGGCUGGAAAACUCGGCUGGUAAAAUUUGUUUUGGCUUUGUCAUGUAGCAGUUAAUAAUCUCUGCCAAGGAGUUGUUGUCAUUUGGAGCUUUUACCGUGCUUCAAUGUAGAAUGUAGAAUAAUGCCUCAAAUAUUUAAGAUAGUUAAAAUUAGUUCUUCAUCAUUUUGUUAAUUCAAAUUAUAAUGCUUUGAUUCAAAUUGAUGUGUGCACUUUGUGGGUUUUUCGAGUCCUGUUUCUAUUGCUGCAGAUGAUAAUAUCUGAUGCAGAAAUUGAGGGGAAUUUCAUUCCCUGCGCUUUACCAGUUUGUAAAGAUUUGCCUUGGAGAUUCAGCGUCCCUUAAUAAAUAUCAAGGAAUGAGAGAACAUACUCGGGGGCUGUGGAAGCUGCUAAGCAGCUCCUAUUUUUUCAGUGAUAGAUAGUAUUCUGAAGUAUGAGUUUUUAAUUCUUGACAUUCAUCUAGUGAAUGCAGAAUAUGUGUGAUUUGCGUACUUGUAACUGACCAAAAAGACCUCUGUAGGCUUGCUGUUCUAGCGUGUACUAAAAUGAUGCGAGUCCUGGAACGGUUCUUCUGCUAAUAGAACCUACAAAUGAAAACUUUAGCUGA